AACACCCAAGUCACACACACACACACCUACCUGGGCCCAUUAACUACGCUAGCUCGGUCCGUCGAUCCUUGGAGAAGUCUUUUCAUUCAGAAACAUUUAAUAUCUGCUGAAAAUGGCCAGCCAAACUCAGGGCAUCCAGCAGCUGCUGGCAGCUGAGAAAAGGGCCGCCGAGAAGGUGUCUGAGGCAAGGAAGAGGAAAGCUCGCAGGUUGAAGCAGGCCAAGGAAGAAGCCCAGGAAGAAAUUGAGAAGUACAGGCAGGAACGGGAGAGCCAGUUCAAGGAAUUUGAGACCAAGCACAUGGGUUCCCGUGAAGAUGUUGCUGCCAGAAUUGAUGCUGACACAAAGAUCAAAAUUGAAGAGAUGAACCGAGCUGUAAAAAUGCAGAAAAGCGCUGUCGUCGAACAUCUGCUUAGCUUGGUUUAUGAUAUCAAGCCAGAGGUCCACAAGAACUUCCAAAAAUAAGCAAAACAUCUUGUUGACUCCCGAACAUGCGCCAGUGGUUUCAUAAAUUGGUAAAUUCAUCCAUUUCACAUUCCAUAAUUAGAAUUUUGGCUGGGAUUUUCGAUUAAUGAAAUUUUCUGGUGCGAAUAACCAUGUUUAAAUGUUAAUAUCUGUAGUCUGUAGCGAAAUGGUCGCGUUCUGAUGUUAAUAAGAUGUAUCAUGAAAAAUAUAUCAACUGUUAAUUAGCAUGUUGCGCAAGAAAUGGCGAAUUUUGGGUUAGUGAACUGUAAAUAUGUGAAAACCAUCUUCCUGAGUAUUGUUUCCCCUCAUUUCUUAUGUUCAACAGAAAUGCACAAUAAAUUUUUCGGUCAAAAUUAAAA